UUGCGACCUUAAUGUAGAAUAUGCAAAUAGUAGUGUGAGGUCGCUGCUUGUCUGUUUCUGGAGCUUUCUAAAUCUUCGCCGGCACACGAGCACACACGUUCGGUGGCACACGAGAAGAUUUACAAGAAUUCAUACGAGUCAUCAUUGAGAUUGAACGUGUUUAUUGCUUGAGUCAAACGAACGGUCGUCAGGAACUAGACAGAGAUUCAAUAUUUUAAGCGCGCAUGAUGAGUGAUCAGGUAGCUUUGUUGAAAGAGAAAGGAAAUGCUGCUUUACAAACUGGAAAUUAUGAUGAAGCCAUUAGAUGCUACACAGAUGCUAUCAUCUUGGACAACAAUAAUCAUGUUCUCUACAGUAAUCGCUCAGCGGCAUAUGCAAAGUCUGAAAAGUAUCAGCAAGCGCUGGAGGAUGCCGAAAAGACUGUCAGUUUGAAACCGGAUUGGGGAAAGGGUUAUUCGCGUAAGGGCAGCGCUCUUGCUUACUUGGGCAGAUAUGAUGAGUCCAUCAGAACUUAUGAGAAGGGCCUACAAUUGGAUCCAAACAAUCCACAGCUUAGAAGCAGUCUGGCCGAGGUGAGGGCCCAGAAAACAGCUGCUGUAACUAAUCCAUUCAAUUCACCAGACAUCUUUCUCAAGUUGGCUAGUGAUCCCAGAACAAAGGGAUAUUUGUCUGAUCCUGAAUAUAUGAAGUUACUGCAAGAAUUGCGAACCAAUCCACAGAGUCUCAGUAUUAAUCUCCAGGACACCAGAGUGCUCACCACUCUUAGCGUGCUGUUAGGAAUGAGCGCUGACAUGGAGGAAUCGAUGGAAACUGAGCCAAUGAAUCCAUCGGAACCACCGAAAUCCAAACCAGAACCAAAGUCUCAGAAGAAGGAGGAGGACAAUCUUCCACCUGAAAAGAGAAAAGCCUUGGAAGAGAAGAAAUUUGGUAAUGAGGCUUACAAGAAAAAGAGCUUCGAGGAGGCUUUAGAGCAUUAUAACAAAGCUGUGGAAUUGGAUUCGACAGAAAUCAUCUAUUUGUUGAAUAUAGCAGCAGUGUACUUCGAACAGAAGAAUUAUCAGAAAUGUAUUGCUCAAUGUGAGAAAGCCAUUGAGAUCGGUAGAGAAAAUAGAGCGGAUUUCAAAUUAAUAGCAAAAGCAUUUACGAGAAUUGGUCAUGCUUAUAAGAAAAUGGAGAAUUGGAAGCAAGCUAAGGUGUAUUACGAAAAGUCUAUGUCUGAGCACAGAACGCCGGAGAUUAAAACCUUACUCUCGGAUAUAGACAAAAUAAUUAAAGAGGAAGAAAGGAAGGCUUAUAUUGACCCGAUUAAAGCAGAAGAGGAAAAGGAACUUGGAAAUCAAAAAUAUAAAGAUGGAGAUUAUCCUGCUGCUAUUAAACAUUAUUCCGAGGCGAUCCGAAGAAAUCCGGACGAUCCCAAGUAUUACAGUAACAGAGCAGCUUGUUAUACUAAACUGGCGGCAUUUGAUCUCGGUUUGAAGGAUUGCGAGAAAGUUGUCGAACUGGAUCCAAAAUUCAUCAAAGGCUGGAUUAGGAAAGGAAAAAUUUUGCAAGCUAUGCAGCAGCAGGGAAAAGCCUUGUCAGCAUAUCAGAAGGCUCUGGAAUUGGAUCCACAGAAUAGCGAGGCGUUAGAGGGUUAUCGCUCUUGCGCCGUAUCCGCAAGUUCGAAUCCGGAAGAAGUGAGAAAGAGAGCGAUGGCCGAUCCAGAGAUCCAGAGUAUAUUGCGAGAUCCAGCUAUGAGAUUGAUCUUGGAACAAAUGCAGAGCGAUCCAAGAGCUUUACAAGACCAUUUGAAGAAUCCUGAUAUAGCUGCAAAAUUACAAAAACUUCUGGAAUCUGGUCUCAUUGCUAUUCAUUGAAGAUGUAAGGAACCACAUACAAUAUACUUGUAAUAAAAGAAGAAUAACAUUGCUAUCGCAAGUUCCUUUAAUAUUAAGGAAAUUCGCAUUCGUAUCGCAGAUAUAUUAGCCAUAUGAGAUACUUAUCGUCAUAUUGCUCUUAAAAUCUGUGUUCAAAAAGCCAUUUGGAAUAAAAGUUACAUUGUACACAUGAUUCUUUCAUGCAGUGGCCUUUAGUGUCAUCGAUGACUUUGCAUUGCAAGACUUGUUAAGGUGAUCAUGUGUAUACCAAUACACAUAUAUACAUAUAGUGAGGUUCUUUGUGCAAAAAUGAAGUGUAAUUGUGAAGCUGUGAACUCUAAUAUUUACAUUUAACAAAAAUUACUCCGAUGGCUAAACGGUGAAUAUCAUUUUGGAAGUUGAUAGUGUUAUUAUAUGCUUUAGAUAAAAAUAAUCUAAAAUUAGAAUGUAUUAAUCCUUUAAACUAAAAAUUUCAUAAAAUUAUUUCUGUAUAUGAUACACACACUAACAUCUCUUUUACCGUUUAAUUAGUGCUUUUAGUAUUAAAAUUAGUCAUAAUAUAAUGAAUGCGAAGUCAGGUUAAGGCCGACAACCAAUAAGAGGAAUGCUUCGAAUAAAUAUCUUUUUAA